CGCAAUAUGAGUAUCAUUAGAAUUGUUUACUUUUUGGGUUACUUAGUUACGCUUUCUACGCUUUCCAUCUUUUUACUUUCUCUCUGCGUAUAAAUUUUAAUGUUAUUUUCUGAUUGGUAUAUAAGUAUAAAGUAGAAGCAAGGGGUGUUUUUACUCCACUCUCACAACUGGUGUUAACAUAAACAGGGGAUGAUUAUUGAUGUCCGAUAAACGUGAGAGUUUACAGAGAAAAUGGGGUUAUUCGAUCGUUUAGCGACUCUCUUUGGUCUUAGGAAAAAAGAAGUAAACGUUUUAGUAGUGGGCCUUAACAAUAGUGGUAAGUCGACGGUCAUAAAUAAUUUCAAACGCGAGGAUGACCGUUGCAUAGACAUAGUACCCACUGUCGGGUUUAAUGUCGAGAAAUUCGCAUUUAAAAAUGUCAAUUUCACUGCGUUUGAUAUGUCGGGUCACGACCGUCAUAGAUCACUGUGGGAGCACUAUUAUAAAGAUUGCCAUGGAAUUAUCUUUAUAAUUGACAGUAGUGACAAACUCCGACUGGUUGUUGUGAAAGAAGAAUUGGACAUGCUCUUGCAACAUCCUGACGUAGCAGGACGCAAGAUACCCAUCCUCUUCCUGGCGAACAAGAUGGACUUGCCUGAUUCCUUGACUACUGUGAAAUUAGUCGCCGGACUAGGACUUGAGCGGAUACAAAACAAGCCUUGGCACAUACGAGCUACAAACGCAUUGACCGGCGAAGGCUUGCAGCCUGCAAUUGAAUGGCUAACAGAUCAAAUUCGUGAUAUAUACAUUAAUAAAAGAUAAAUUUCACGUGGUGACUGGCUCGACAUCGAUGUUUUUACGAAGAUCAUCGUGUCAUAAAAUCGACAUUAAUACAGAGUGCCUACGGUGUCAUUUAUAUUAAUUACACAAUGAGCCAGUGUUUCCCACAAAUAGCAUUUUUUUAAAUAAGAUUCUAUAUGACAAAAAUAAUAUUCUGCGCUAGAAAAUAUCAUAAAUAAUAUAAAAAAUAUUUAAUUAUAAGUUUUGUGAUAGUGAUUCAUGUUUGAAUUGCAGAAAUUUCGCAGUAAGGUUUAUUUAAGGAACAUCGCUACAACUCAAUUCCGUCCAGAAAAAUGCGUAGAAAAGUUGAAAUAUGAAUGUAUAUAUAAAAUAUACAUAUUGAAAUUAUUAAUUAUGUUAUUUUAAAGAUUAUAGUAACAUUUUCAUAAUUUGCUCUAAGCAGAGAUAUUGUAUUGUAAUAUUGGCAAUAAAUGUUAACCAAUUGCAA